AUGGCAGACAACAUGACAGGUGCCGGCCAGAAGCCACACUUAUCACAGCCACCCUGCCGUCCCGCAAGAAGCCAACCAUCGGAACCACCGCCACCGUUCCCGAACCGCCCCGCCGCUUCCACCAUCCCCGUCCCCACCCCCGCCCCCGCCUGGUUGCGCACCGACUGGUCCGAGACGUCGUUUGCAGUUCCCGUGUUCCAAGGCUCGUUUGCCGCCGGUACACAAAUGGAAUGGGCGGCCAAGAAUGCAACGGUGGCUCUCCACGACGCGUAUCAGUAUGGCGCAUGGGACGUCAUUGUCAACAAGCCCUAUGCCGUCUACCUCGCUGUCUGUGAUGUGGUGCUUCAGCGCAAAGACCAGGCGCGCCUCAAAGACAACGGUGACUUUGACCUCCCGUACUGGCCGCAGUGGAAGGCCGAUCGCGAGCAGGACAUUGACGAGGUGUUUGGCUGGGCCCGGCGAGACCUUGAGCAACACGCGGGAGCCCUCAGCUACGACGACGCGCGGCGUGUGUGCUGGAGCGCGCUGUACGCCGUAUUCUGGGAGGAGUAUGACGCCGAGGAUGGCCCGCCGCCGACUGAGCAGCCCAUUCCAGUGGAGCUCGCCGCGUUUGGCCAGUUUGCACCCCACCCGUCCAACCUCGAGCGUUAUGGCUUGGCGAUCUACCAAGCAGCUGUGGGCAACAUUCUCGACGACCGUGAAGUGAACAGCAGCCUCCGCGACUGGUGCACCAAACACCAAGGCUCGCCUGAGGAAAUCUUGAGCCGCGGGGGCAAGGGACUGCGCGGUCUUCCGCCAUUCCCUCCUGGCUACCAAGCCCCCCGGCCCCCUACGGUGACCGACGACGGCUGGAAGCUGGUUGUUGAGUUGAAUGAUGCGCCAAGCGGGUGUGGUCUGGCCAUUGGACCUGUAGGCGCAGACCUUGUCAACGUAAACAAGGCCAACGAGGCCAUGCGCAUCAUCCGAGCAGACUGCGCCAUGGUCGAACCUCAUCUCGCAAAGGUCACCGCCAACGGGCACUAG